AUGAGAUCCCUAAAGGAGGAUGGUCCUUCGGUGUCUAAUAUUGAUUCAAUUGGCUUGUUAAUGGAUGAUAUAUCUAUAGAUGAUGAAGAUCUCAAAGUGGGAAUGCAAGUACACUCUGAUGAUGAGGCUUAUAAUUUAUAUAAUACAUAUGCUUUGAGGAAGGGCUUCAGUAUUCGUAAAAGCCAUGUCCGAAGAGAUGCAUCAAAUAAGAUCCGUCAACGAGAGUUUGUAUGUUCAAAAGAGGGGUUUGCACUAAACCGAGAUGUGGUUGAACUUGAACCAAACAAACACAGAAAGCUAGAAACAAGAGUGGGUUGCAAGGCUAUGAUAUCGUUUGUUGUGAAAGAUGGUAUAUGCACUGUAUCACAUAUCAAUUCAGAUUAUAACCAUGAGCUUGCAAGGCCGGAAGAAAGACAAUUUUUAAGAUCAGGCCGAAGUGUAACUGAUGCUUGCGGGCAUGUUUUUACCUCUAUGAAAAAUGCAGGAAUAGGACCAACAAAAUCAUUUUUCUAUAUAGCAAAUGAAGUGGGUGGUCUGGAAAAUGUAGGAUGCACGAAGAAAGACGUGUAUAACUACUUGCAAAGGAAAAAGAAUGAGAUGUUGGAAGCAGGUGAUGCACAGAGCUUGCUGAAUCAUUUCAAGAGCAGACAAGGUGAGGAUCCUAACUUCUUCUACUCAAUGCAAUUAGAUCAAUAUAGUCGAAUGACAAACUUCUUUUGGAGGGAUAGUAGAGCGAAGUUGGAUUAUGAUUGUUUUGGGGAUGUUAUAUGCUUUGAUACAACAUUUCGUACCAAUAAGUACAAUCUGAUUUGUGCUCCAAUAGUUGGAGUAAAUCAUCAUUGGAGAAAUGUUUUGUUUGGAUGUGCUUUUUUAUUAGAUGAGACUACGGAGUCAUUUGUUUGGUUGUUCGAGUCAUUUUUGGAAUCAAUGGGAAAUAAAGCACCAAUCACUAUUUUCACAGAUGAAGAUAAAGCAAUGGCAAAUGCAGUCCCUAAAGUGUUUCCAAAUGCAUCCCAUCGUUUAUGCACUUGGCAUACUGCCAAGAAUGCCUCCAAGAAGAUUGGUAGUUAUCUUGGAAAUCCUGAGUUCAAGAAACAGUUCAACCAUUGUUUACAUAAUUACAGCUCUGAAAUUGAAUUUCAAGUUUCAUGGGAUAGCUUGAUUAGUAAAUUUAAUGUUGGACAUAAUACUUGGCUAACAAAAUUGUAUUCACUUCGUGAAAAGUGGUGUGCAGCAUUCAAUUUGGAUACUUUUUCAGCAAAAAUUAGAUCAACUCAAAGGAGUGAAAGUACAAACAAUGUGUUCCAAGGAAUCUCUACGCACACAAUGGAGCUCAUCGAAUUUGUGCAUCACUAUGAGAAAAAGAUUGAAGAGAUGCGUCUAACAGAGUUAGAAGAUGAUUUUCGCUGUAAAAAUGGUGCACCUCGUCCAAAAGUAUGGAGUAGAAUGUUAAAGAGUGCAGCCAAGGUUUAUACUAAUAAAAUGUUUCAACUUUUUGAAACAGAAUUUAUUGGCUGCAUGGGAGUUAGACUAAAAGAAGUGUCCAACAAAGAUCAAGUUUACAUUUAUGAAGCAAUUGAAGAUGGUCGUCAAAGUGUGCACAAGAUUGAAUACAAUUCUACAUCCUUGAGCAUAUCUUGCUCUUGUAAGUCAUUUUCAUUUCUUGGAAUCAUGUGCCGUCAUGCUUUGAAGGUGUUUGAUACAAAUAAUAUCACUACUCUACCCUCUCAGUAUAUAUUGAAGAGGUGGACUAAAGAAGCAAAGAAAGGGAUUGUGGUGAGCAAUGGUACAUGUGGAGGAACAAGUGAGAACUCAAAGACUGCUAGAGUGUUGCGCCUCAGCGAAUUGAUGCAUGAAGGAAAUAAUGUGUAUGAUAUAGCCUCACUAACUAAUUCUGGUACCAAAAUUAUCAAGGAUAUGUUAAUAGAUGCAAUGAAGUGCCUUGAAAAAGACAAGGAUACUUUGCAAGAGUUGGAAAAUUUGAGAAAAUCUGCUGCCAAGUCUGACUCUAGCAUUCCUAAUAUUGAGCCACAAAUUUUGAAUCCACCAAGCGCCAAGACUAAAGGAAUGAAAAAUUGUAGAAUCAAAGAUGUGAGGGAGACAAACCAAAGGAAGAAGAGAACAAAAGAAAACCAAGAAAAUAAUGAUCCAAAAGCUCCAAGUCAUGUGUCUACAUUGAAUCAGCAGUUUGUAGUACCUAACCCUCCAUUUUAUAAUCAGGGAAUGUCAAAUUUUGUGCUCAGGGAAAGUUUAUCUGUUCCCAACAAAUCAUUCAGUCUUUUAAGUGGUGCUAAUACUACUACUACUACUACUAAUGCUGCUUUUCAAGUAGAUCAAGACGGUUUUUUGGGUAAAGCCAUGAUGCAACAUUAUCAUGCAAGGGAUAACAUCUUGAUGUUUGGGGGUACCACUACUGAAGCUAGCUGCAGUUCUGAUGGGAGCUAUGGCAAUACAAGUUAUGGUGAAGUACAGUUGUGUCUGCAAAACUACCACUACAAUAAUGGUGCUGAAGCAAACAAUCAGAAAAUCAUGGUGUCAGAGAAUGGUCUUGGUCUUGAUCAUGACCAGGCUCCAUUAAAUUAUGGCCUUGAAGAGAUCAAGCAGUUGAUUAGCAGUAGCACUACUAGUGGUGGUUGCAACAACUUUUUGUUUGAUGAAAACAAGACAGAGGAAAAGGUCAUCAUGUACUAUUGA